CUCACUCUCUCCAGCAAAUAUGUUUCGACGUAGCGGCGGUAGAGACGCACAAACCACUUGCACUGUUUGUGUUGAUGUUGAGGACGGGUAUGCCCAAUGCUCUUGUGCGUAAAGGCGUACAAACGUAGAAAAAACGGGAUAUUGCGCGCCUAGUGCAUUCUGUGGAGGCAGAAGAAGGUGGUGCAUAGAGGACGAACACGUUAUCGACUGGUGCAUCGCAUCUUUGUGGCAGAGGCCUAUCGACUGAGUGCGGAAGCCGGGGGCUGGAUUUGGUAUGUCGCAGGGACGCACUGCCUGUGCAAUGAAAGCAGGAAGAGGAGAGAGGAGAGCACCCUUUAUGACCCAGGACUGGUGUUAAGCCAAACCAGUAUCAUAAAGUGAUGGCAUUGCGACCUCAGCCUGUCUACAGUGCCCACAGAUCACUACAGAUGGACAGGCUGCACACCUGAGUUCCAGCCGUGCCCCAGCUCCUGUCCCUCUGCCUCCCCCUACACCCCUCCUCCUCAUCCUCCUCCUCACCCUCUCUCCUUCUGCCUGUCCCUCUGGUUCACCCUGUGUACCCCAACAACUGUAUCUUUGGACUAUGGCGUGUUGUGGUCGCUCCCUGGACUCUCCUUGCACACUGGCACUGCUGAUUGGUUUCCAGUUUGCCUUUGUGCUAUAUUUUUCUCUUGGUGGAUUCAAAGGAUUAGUUUCAGUGCUGGUUCAUACCAUAGAGCCAGAGUUUGACUACUCAAGACCCCAUGACGUCUACACCAACUUAAGUCAUUUGGGAGUACCGCCUCCACCGCCCCGCAAUGUCGGCACAGGACCACCUCCAACAGGACCUCCACUCAAAGACUGCCAGAUACCUUCACCUUUGUUAGUUGGUCCAGUGUCAGUGCGCCUGUCCUCCCCACUGUCCAUGGAGGAGAUCAGGCAGAGGAACCCACUGGUGCAGCCCGGGGGCCGGUACAGACCUCCAGACUGUGAGCCACGGCACCACACGGCGAUAGUGGUACCCUACAGAAACAGACAAACUCAUCUGAGGGCGCUGCUUUACCACCUGCAUCCCUUUCUACAGAGGCAGCAGAUUCACUACAGCAUUUAUAUAGUCCAGCAGUGGGGAAACAGUACCUUUAAUCGAGCUAAACUUCUAAAUGUUGGUGUCCGAGAGGCGCUCAGAGAUGAGGACUGGAGCUGUAUUUUUCUGCACGACGUGGAUCUACUUCCAGAAAAUGACCACAACACCUACACCUGCCACAAACAAUUCCCUACACAUCUCUCUGUGGCUAUGGACAAGUUCAGAUACAGGCUUCCAUACCCGCAGUAUUUUGGAGGGGUUUCUGCUGUGACUCCAGACCAGUACAUGAAAAUGAAUGGCUUUCCAAACCAGUACUGGGGAUGGGGCGGGGAGGAUGAUGAUAUCGCUGCCAGAGUUCGACUGUCUGGUAUGAAGAUUGUGCGCCCUCCAGUGGCCAUUGGUCAUUACAAAAUGAUCAAACACAAAGGAGACAGAGGAAAUGAACAGAAUCCACGAAGAUUUGAUCUGCUAAAGAGGACCAGGCUGAACUGGCGCUCCGAUGGCCUUAACUCUCUCACAUACGAACUCCUGUCUAAAGAGCUGGAGCCCCUUUACACCAACCUCACCGUCAACAUCGGAGACGACCCCCACCUGCCUCAUGGAAAAGUCCCAAAUCCUGCCAAAGUACCAGUCUCACAAGCCAGCAACAAGGACAGACCAAAACAGGACCCAGAACCAGAGAACCACAGAACUGCUGCAGCUAAUACAACUGUCAGCGUGAAAACAGAACAAACUAAUGUAAAUGGGACCACGCAGAAGAAGGCCCAUUAGACCCUAGAGGAGAAAUAUCCACUUACGGCUGCAUUAAGACAGAAACUGAAUGAUUAACUCAGUCAUAUCCAAGUAAUCAUUCCCAAUGUAAUAACCAACACAUCAAUAGAUGCUGCUUUCAGAUGAAAUCAAUCAGGCAUAACAGUGUGACCAUGGGCAGCUGAAGUAAUUACCACUCUCCUUUUGGAAUCUGCUACUGGGUGGGUAUAUGUAUAAGAAAGCAUGAUGCAUUAGAAGCAAGAUAUGGGGGAUAUAUAUGAUGACUGGGUCUAAGUAUCUCCAAAACUGCAGCUUCAUUGGGCCGUUGCAGUGGUCAGGAAUGAAUUGGUUAUAUUACGUAUUGGGCCUCAUGUGAGAUAAGUGAUCAUUGGCACUAGUAAUAGACACGUGGUCAUGAUGUUAUGCUCGAUCAGUGUAUACAAGCUGUAGGUGACCCACGCAUAUUCACUGACACUCCAGGCUACUGUUGUCCACUCAUUUGUGGGCGAGCGUAUCUGUGCCUUCUCUCUUUUCUGUGCAUUUUAUAGACCAAUAGAGAUGCUUUUAGAUGUGAUCUGGGGCUUUUUGAACUGUUUUUCUCUGGCUCAUUGAUCCCAGAUCUUUAUGGAGGACUGCCGUUUUAUAACUGUGUGCAUCGCUUAUAAUCCUAGAGUUUAUAUUUAUAUAGAGACUUUUUAUCAUUUGUUUAAUAUUCUGUUUAACUUAUUACAGUCUGGUGCCUCUUUUAGUUUCUAGACAAUCAAAGUAAAUUUGUUUCAUACGACAUACAAGGAAAUACAGUCAUGGCCAGAUCUCCAUUAUAGUGGCAUGAUAGUUGUCGUCUAGUCCAACUGUAUUCUCAAUACUCAGAGACUUACAAAACAAUAUAGGUGACUUUAUACAUUUACUUUGGUGUUGGUGUGAAACAAGCCAGCAAAUGAUAAAUGUGGCAACACAUUCAGUUUGAAUGAUAAAGAAGCACUGUGUUUUUUUGUUUGUUUAUUUUAGGGCUGGCGACUUGCAGGAAAGAUGCUUACUUGAGCCUAGUGCACUGACUACUACUUAGUAUAUUAUGAUCAGCCCUUCUGCUGUCAUUAUCUUCCAAUACUCACCAUGAUUAAGUUUGUAAAAUAGACAACUGUUUUAGUACCAUGACAGCUCAUGGCUCAUAUGAAUGUAUUCAACACAUAAUAUAAUUAUCAGAGGUGGAGAGUUACAAGACACAUUUACUCCAGUAUUCUUCUUGAUAAAAAGAAAAGUUUUCAGUACCUUUGAUUUUUACAGUAUCACUAACCUCCCCCUGGGAAAAGGUCAGGCCUGCCAUUCAUUUGGUAACAGGUUAGUUAGUACACACAAAUUUAUUUCAAGCAAGAACUCCAGUAUUUUACCUCUACUUGAAUAGUACUUGACUAGUAUUUUUGAAGAAACAUGGGGCUAUUUUAUUUGGCUACUUCUACCUCUGAUAAUUAUAAAAAAAAAAUUUGUUUUAUCAUUGUGCCUCUCAAGUGUAGGCCACAGUCUUCAGCCGUCACCUUGCUACUGAUCAUUUAUUUAUGUUGAUUAAAUUAAUCAACAUAAAUAAAUUAAUUAAUUGAGUUUAAACUAUCAUUUGUGUUUGUUAAAAUUGUUGUGGUGAAACAGCACCCUCUAGAGGUGCAGUCUUAUGCAGCGCGAGCGUUUGAUCAAAACUGCAGUGCUGUGACAUGAAUGUUGAUGAUGAGAAUUGGCCAUUCACAGUUUUCAGCCAAUCCGAUCUUUGCUUUGUGAUUUGCAUAGUGUCACAUGACUGCGUUUGUGAGCUUAAAGGUACAGAAUUGCAUUUUCACUGGUUACCGGAACCAAAAACAUGUAGACUGUUUUAUGAAUGAAUAUAGUUUUAUAUGAAGAGUAAGAUUAUUAAUACAGAGAGAUAUGAUAAUAGUGAUAAUCCAUUGCUGAUAAAAUGUACUUUGUUAGCUUUAUAUUACUCACAGGAAAUAUUUAGUUGCAUAUCAAUAAAUAUAGUACAUUUAUCAUAUUGCCUGCUUUAAAGGAUGUUAUGUGAACACAGCCAAUAACCCGUUAACCGUGUACCAGAUUGUUCUAUAUUUAUGCAUAGAUUACUGUGUAAAAGGUCUGUGUUCAUUUCUCACAGAUUAGGUAUUCUAAAGGCAAAGUGCUGGAUUAUGUGUUGAAUGCAUGUGGUAGUGUUUGUGUGACAAGUCAUGUUCAAAUUAGAAGACUUCGGGAAAAUGGGACAUGACAGUAUUCAUAGGAAAUGAAUAAAAGUUAUUAUUUAUCACAUA